AUGUCCACUGUCCAAUUAAGUCCAUUUGUUGAAGGACAAUGGCAUCGUCUAGAUACAUAUUCACCAGUUUGGACAAACUCGACCGAUAUACCUAUGAAUACUCAACAACGAACACAUAGACCAACAUCCGGCAAAUUAAAUGUUAUUGAUUCAAUUGAUAUCAAUACACUUAAAUUAGAUGAUGAAAUAUUACUUAAUGAAUUACAUGAUAUACGAAAAGGAUCUGCGCUAUUAUCUCGAGUGAAAAAUGCAAAUCAAGAACAAGAAAAACAAGCAGUAUCAUCCAAUUUUCUUCAUGAAUCAAAAAUACCAUUAAAACAUAGUGUUCAAGAACCAUCAUUUGCAUAUCAAUCACAUAAUAAUACCACUGGUAUUAUUUCGUCUAACAAGUCUAUUCCUUUUGGACUUAAUAAUUGGAAUGAAGUCAAAAAAUUUCCUCAUCUUAAUUUUGGUCCAAAACCUCAACCGGCAUUACUUGCUCAACUACGUCAAUCAGCAAUUAUUCGUCAAAAUACAUUUGUUGCAAAUGAACAGCGUCUUUCUACUCCGUUACCUAUUUCUACACCAAAGCGAAGUCUUAGUAGUGCUCAGUCAAAUCGUUAUCAUCGCCAAUCACAACAAUCCGAAUCAACAUUUAGACAUGAAAUAAAUUCAACUGGUAGUAAUGAAGAUCAAUUAACAGAUGAAUCAUUAUCUUUUAUAAGAAAAGUACGUUUACAUAGUGCACAAAGUAGUCGUUCAGGAUCAAUACAUUUACUUAAAACUAAAUCUGAUCGUUCACGACCAAAACCGAAUAUCGAUUUAACAACAGUUUUAAUGAAACCAUGGAGACAAGCAACAUGGAAUGAUGAUGGAUUUGAUAAUUCAAUUCCAAAUUCACUUGAUCUUAUGCAUCAAAUAUGUGGACCAUCAACACCAUUUGAACGAAAUUUACGACAAGAUUAUCACAAGCAAUUAAAUUUAUAUAGAAGUGCAUCGACGAAAGCUUGA